UAUAUAUAUAUAUAUAUAUAUAUUCCACUUUAUUCUGUUUAUAUUUUUCUGUUAUCCAUAUUUUCUUUUGUAGUCAUUUUUUCCCACCAAAAAAGUUGUUCACUAUAUCCCACUAUUAUCAUAUAUAGUGUGAUAGUACACAAAGUAAAUACAUAUUUCAGUCCUUGAAAUAUAUAUUACUGUCUUUCAUUAUAUUAUGUAUAAACAACAGUAAGAAGAUAUGUUAAAAUAUAGAUUUAUUGUGAAUUUGUCCCAAGAUAUCAGCACGUCACAAUAUUCCAGUCCUAUUAGUCUCUAGUUGUAUUUUAAUGCCCUUAUUAUUUAUUUAUUUAUUUAUCAUUUCUGGCUGACCAUCAGGAUUUGAGUUAAGUUUCAUAUGCACUUGCACUGUCUGCCCAACAGGUGGCAGUAUGUGGAGAGACGAGCUCUAAGGAUAGGAAAAUUGUGCAGCGCGUUCUGUUCAGUGUGAUUGUGUAUCAUGCUGAACCAGAACUUUAUAUCAGUUUUUGCAUUUUUCACCAGCACAAAGGUCUUUAACUUGCACUACAUUUAAUUGAAUUAUUCACUUGAAAGACGUGGAUGUAAACAUCACUGUUACUGGAGAGAAAUGAGCUAAAUCCAGCUCCAAUCAGCGUCCAGUCCGUCCUAAAUGCUGCAUAACGGAAUGACAACACACUUUUCCAACAGCUGAACUUUUAAGGUGCAUUAAAGUAACUCUGGUACAUUGGAUUGUCUAUCUUCCAAAAAAAUAACUAAAGUUAAUAAAAAUAUUUUAAAUGUCUGCAAAGUCCUAUUAAAAAAAAAAAUCUUAGGAAACGAUAUGAACCAUUUCAAGGGGUUUUAUUGUUGUACAUCCAUCUACCCAUCCAGUUGGUUUUACAGCGGCCACUUUCUGUUUGUUUCUCUCGAUUGAAAGGAACUGAAAACACACCGAGACUUUAAAACCGGAAUACUGAACCAUGAUUUUUGUGUACGUUUGUGGUCCCAGCCAAAUGAGUUUAUACUGAUAUUAUUACAAGCAAUUCAAAAUGCUAAACUCUUUCCCUCCACAAAAUUUUAACCAAAAGUUCCUGGUAAAAGAGAAAACAUCCACUUCUCACCUACUGUCUUUUUUGGGUUAAACUUCUACCCUGAUCAUUUGGUUUUUACCCUGACAAAUACAGUCGAAACAUAGGGGGGUAACAAUGAUCACUGAAAAGUUCCCUGGUUUCUGAAAACUGGAGUAGUUUUCUACACACCAAUCCCUACAUACAUGCAAGAAAGCAGCUUUUGAAAACCUGUCCGUCGUGGGGUUGGUUUACCCAAACAUGGUUUAUGUUUUUUUUGCCCAGCAGUUUUCAGAGUGCAGGCCCACCUUUUACUGCCAUAGAUUCAUUAUAUGUACAAUGAAACAGUAAACAACUGCUGUUCAGGUUAACAUGGGUACUCUCCCAAAGAUGGUGGAGGGGAGGGGGGGGGGAAUUACAAUUAGUAGGCGAGUGACUGAGUCGAAGAGGACCCAUGAGUGUGAACUCUCCUCAGUGUUUACAUAGGGGAAGGAUGGCCAUCAUCAGGUUGCUAGACGACCUGUGCAGCAACAGGAAACAGGAUGUUUAAAUAGACACUGGUUGCUUCUUUUUUUUUUUUUUAACAUUACAGAAGAUCCUAUCUACUAAUGUGACAAACUUCUCGCCAAAUGCUGAGGCGCUUUGUUUGUGAAAGCUAAGCGUUUAGAUAGAGCUGCCACUCCAAAAAAGUCUGUGGGAUUGCCCUGCGCGUUUCUUUUUUGUUUUUUCCUUUCUUCUUUUUCUACCGUAUCUAAAUAUAAGACGGUGACAAAUAGUGCAAAUAGCCUACAGUAGCAACCCAACUGUGAUGUGGGGGUGGCGCGGCUCUAUCUCCAAAAGUCUCCUCUGUUGGAUCCGGAGUGCGUCAAGAGAAGGUCGCAGAGCGCCUCAGCUGCCGCGCGCGGCCGACUUGUCCCCCUUUCAUCUCGCUACCAUGAAGCGACAAAACGCCAGGACGCUCGCCCUCAUCGUCAGCAUCCUCACCUACCUGGUGGUCGGGGCGGCCGUCUUCGAGACCCUGGAGUCCAAGCAGGAGAAAAGUCACAAGAGGAGGCUGGACGCCAGGAAGUACGAACUCAUGCGCAAAUUUAACUUGACCAAAGCGAACUUCGAGGAGCUCGAGCUCGUCGUGUUGCAGCUCAAGCCUCACAAAGCCGGAGUCCAGUGGAAGUUCGCGGGCUCCUUUUACUUCGCCAUCACUGUGAUCACGACCAUAGGUUACGGCCAUGCAGCGCCCAGCACCGACUCAGGGAAGGUGUUCUGCAUGUUCUAUGCCCUGCUUGGGAUCCCGCUCACCCUUGUAAUGUUCCAGAGCCUGGGAGAGCGCAUCAACACGUUUGUCAGAUACCUGCUGCAUCAAGCCAAAAAGUGCCUGGGAAUGCGUCAGACCGAGGUCUCCAUGGCGAACAUGGUGACGGUCGGCUUCUUCUCUUGCUUGAGCACUCUGUGUGUGGGCGCCGUGGCGUUCUCCCACUGCGAGGGAUGGAGUUUCCUGCACGCCUUCUACUACUGCUUCAUCACGCUCACCACCAUCGGUUUUGGAGAUUACGUGGCCCUGCAGAGGGACGACGCGCUGCAGAACGACCCGCGCUACGUGGCUUUCUGCUUCGUCUACAUCCUCAUGGGCCUGACGGUGAUCGGGGCGUUCCUGAAUCUUGUCGUGCUUCGCUUCCUGACCAUGAACACCGAGGACGAGCGGCGGGACGCCAAGCAGAAGGCCUUGAUGACCGUGGGCAAGCCCCGAGGGGAGGUGGCUCGUCUUCUACCGCUCUCGACCUCAACCUCGUCCACCGUCGUAGCCAACAAUGCCACAAAGGCUAAAGAUUUAAAAGGUGCUUACACCGAGGUGUUGCAUUUCCAAACAAUAUGCUCCUGCUUGUGGUACAGAAGCAAAGAGAAGCUGCAGGGCUCCAUACCCACCAUGAUCCCUCAGGAGAUGACUUUCUCGGAUGCCUACUUGCAGCAGAACAGUAACUGUCCUCACUACAUGGAUCCUGGAUCGACAGGCUGUGUGUGCAGUUCACGUCAAUGCACCAGCAUAAGCUCCAUAACAACAGGCCUACACAUUCUGUCUCCAUUCAAUCUGUUUAAAAGACGCAGCUCCGUUUAGCCUUUCACAGCAACUGAUGACAACACUUAACUGCAACUAGAUGUACGUGGUGCUACAAUCCUGGUAUUCCAAGAGUAUAAUGCACAAAAAAAAAGAAAGAAAAGGAGUAUGCACACAGCAAAGUCUUGAUCAAAUAUGUAAUGCAGACAGAACAGCCAACAAAGGGUUUCAUUUUGAGACUUUGUGUGUGUGUGUGUGCUCAAAGGAGUUAGGUUCAACCAGUUUGGAGUCACGUGGGUCACGGCACAUGAACACAACGUGGUGCAUGUUGUGCCUAUCGGAUGCUUGGCCGGUGAAAUCAACAAAGUGAGGUGACGGUGAAAUUAAGAGAAACAAGAACUGAAUCUUGUUUUCAAUGCAGCAAAUAAGGAUUUUGCGUUUUCAUUAACGAGCGCGGCAUUACUUCCUAAAUGUUUCCUUUAUUCAUUCUGUUCCUUCAUCUUCUAAGUUUAGAGGUGUGUCAAUAUAUCCAGCUCACAGGACAAGGCGAGUGUAUGAGACAAGAUUUUAGCAAUAUUGUUGUUAUAAAGAAUCUCCAUUUUUGUUCCACAGAUAUAGCAAAGGUUUCAUAAGCCACUUUUUUCUCUCUCUCUCUGUGUUAUCAGAGUACAACAUUCCAGUCAAGGUUUGACAAUUAUAUAUAUUUAAUGCUUAUGUCGGUCUAAGGUGACCCUGAUGCGAACAAGAGUUAAGCAAAUGUCACCCUGCUUUGUUAAAGGUACUAUAAAAAAACCCUUUUUGCUUAAUGGAAAGCAACUCAGUUAGCUUUCCAUUAGCACCAUUAGCGGCUAACAGUUAGCCAGAUGCGUAAACCUUUGCAUUUUAUCUCUAUAUUAAAAUUUCUAUAGGCUUCUUCAAAAUAAUCGUGGAUUGUACCUACUCCAUAGGGCAACUCAAGAACGGCUUUCUUUUCUGCUGGUGUCAGACUUAAAUCACAAACUUUCAUAGCAAGGGUCCAGAAUAAUCACUGGCACUUAUUUGACCUGACAAGGCCACUAGCUAGGGUUUGUGCUGGACGGGCUUUGAUGCGAAAUGUUGUGGCAUUUGAUGAACACCAGACUUCAUGUCAUACGCCCUUACUUCGAAGACAAUACAGUUUGUGAGAAUUUCUCACAGCAUUUGUGACCCAUCAGAACUUCACCAAGUCUGGAACAGUAGACCAACUUCAUAUGAGUCACAUCUGUAGCUGCCCCCGUUACCCUGACUGUCAGUGCUCUGGUGCUAGUCACAAACUUACGUAAUUUGUCAGGCGGAAAAGUCUAAAAACAAUGUGACCACUGACAAUAACACACUGAAAUAUCCUUUAGUUUGCAUUUGUUUUACCCUGAAAGUAAACGAAGUACCACGUGUUGAGUUUGAUCACAUUCAUCUUCAAUUUGUCUUAAUGAGCUUGGUGGACUCUAUUUACUGCAGGUUAUGGUGUCUUGGUUCAUUUUCUUUCAUUUAUCUGGUUGACUGGUAGCUCAACUGUAGUAUUAAGAUGUUUGAUGUUCUUCCUGUGUUGCAAGAAAAUCCCCAAAGCAGGAGCUGGAAACAAAAAGAAAUCCAUUGCGGUUCAGUAAUUAUCUGGUAUAUUUGUAACAUUUAUGUACUGAAUAAUGGAAGAAAUAUUUAAUAUAGAACUGUCUGUCAAUCGGAAGAAAUUUAUCAAGCAUUUUAAAAUGGCUUAAAAAAAACCCCCCAAACAUAAAACACAAAUGAGUAUCUAAGGAUACUUCUAUUUGAUUUCUUGCCAACAGAAACCAUAAAUACACUCAUUCUGAUGUGUCAAGGAUAUUUUAAAAAAUUCAAAGAUUCUUUUAAGUUAUCAUAAACAAUAGUAUCUGUAGUAAAAUGCUUGCUGCGCUUGUUGAAGAAUAAUUGGUAGAAAGCUAACAGCUAGUCAGUCCCAUCCUAAUUUUAGCCAGUUUUAGCUCUUUUGAACAAUUCAAACUGAAACGAUUAUUAUCAAUUUGAUACAAUGCUUAUGCUCGUCAAUAUAUAAUUUGUGCAAUUUCACUAGGGAUGAUUGAUAUUAAUUUUGUUGCUGUUUUCUCAAACUACAUCUGUGUUACAAUGCUACAACAUGGAGGCUGCUAGCUGUAUCAAUCUGCCUUAUCAGCUGCAACUCAUCAAUCGGCUCUUACUAGUUCACUUUCACCACUCAAACUACUUUACUCGCUUCUCUACAAGCCUAUGCUGAUAAGACAUCGUUCUGCUACAGAUAUAAUGAACCUUGAACAUUGGAUUGAGGAUUAUUCUGUUAGCUAAUUGUCAUAGGUUAGCCAUUUUUGGUUAUUAUGCUAAUUAUUUCCAACUGCUUAGCAUAUUAUUGCAAUUUUCUAAUGCAAUAUCAACGAGGGCAAUAUUUGGUAGCUACUGUAUAAUCCAGGCAAUAACACUGCUUUCCAAUAGUUUCCACUUAAAUGGACUUUGUGUUGUGUGUCGACAGCUGAAAUAGACUUUAAAUGAUUUAAGCUGUACAAAUUCUAAGAUUCUAAAAUAUGGCUUAACCCCAAACGUUAAUUUCACCACAAUAUCCAACAAUAACUGACAAUGUUAUGUUUUCCUAAUGUUAUGCAGCUCUAUGUGCUACUAUGUUUGGCAGUAUACUGCGUAUACUUUGUUUUUCAGUCAAGAAAAUCUCUUAGGCAUUUCCUUUUAACAUUUUCAUUGAUGGCAACAGAACACAGAGGAUAAAAGACCUGCCCAAACACAACCCACAUUACACACAAUGUGCACAGAGAUGUGCAGAUCACAUCAGGAGCAAACAGUAAAUUCAAUUGUGGGCUUUUUUGUUUGUUUUUUUUGGGGGGGGGGGAGCAGUCUGCUGGGGCAGAUGGGAGGGGGGUUACCAUGUUGGUACAAUGUGUAAUUAGUUGGUUGUCAGUCACAGACAGCUUUGCUUGAAUAGACGGAAUCGGGAUGAUUGAUGGAUAAGAAAGAAAUUCUCUUUCAGCUAACGUCUCACGUAUUCCUGGGUACAAUUUGGUGGUUUGUCCGUGGGUGGCAUGAUGCAGAGUCGCAUUCGCUUCAUUUCGAGGAGGAACAACUGAAUUUUAACCCCCGAAGACGAAUUAUUUCGAUUAGCUUAUCAUUGUAUUCUGUGACUUUACAAAUAAGCAGCUGACAAAAUCAAUCAAGAGGACAAGCUGUAGUCACGUUAAAGAGAAAGUACAUCCUCUUUUGUCACUGUUUUCAUUAUUACUUCAGCAGAUGACUGGGGGUUAUAAACUAAGCAUCUUUGAUUUGGUCUCAGCUUUUUAAUUGUUCCAGAAAUCUUGGGAUAAAUUCAGUUUUAACUUUAUAAAUUUGCCGUUAGAAGAACCAGCGCAUUGCCAGAUCUGCUGCUGUUAUCGAGCUGGUCAGAUUUGCUCUUCAUCAGGUAAUCUUUAGCAUUUCAUUUAGUAACGGCAGCUACGUUCUCUUUUCUAGUACCAGAAAGGAGGCACUUAAUUUCCUGUAUUGCGCUACUCUGUUUUGGCUUUUAGUUUGCUUAUACAUAACGAGAAUAUAUGUGUUGUGCAUUUUUGUGGGGCGGUGCAUUCGCCCCGCUGCUUUUUUGUACUUUUGCAGUUUUGAUCCUUUCACACCCAACUUUCAUGGGUGCAAAAUGGAGUCACACGCCUUGGUAUUGUUCAUCCUGGUCAUUGUCGGUUUGCACCCACCCAGGGGCAUUUUAUUGUUGCUGUGGCAACCAAUGUUUUACAUAGCGGUUUAUUUAAUCUGCUCAUAAGAGGUUGAUAUGUGACUCCAGUAAAUAUCUACUGGCAGGAGGUUGCAUAGAAUUACUUUAGACUGACCCAAACGAGGAUCAAAACCAAAACAGUGGAAGUAGAGUGUAGUACAAAGUUGUCAAAAAAUAUUUCAGGUAGAAUUAAAAUAUACCUGAGAUGAAAACAUUUUUCUAAACAUCUCUGUUAAUGAAAAUGUAUAACUGUGAAACAUAAACAAACUGAUACAGAAAGUGCUCAAGAUGACUUGUUUUAGACACAAAGAAAGGCGCUUGGACACAAAACGGCGGUACAAACGAAUGAAGGCAUGAACCGAUGUGAAAGUGUGUUCCGCUUUUAAAAUUUGAUUAAAACAUUCUUAGAGCGUAUAUGAGAUAUGCAGAUACAUCGACUAAACUAGUAAAAAUAAAGGACCACAGGCAAGAAAUCAUUUUUACUAUAAAUUAACCCUCUCACCUUUCAAUUUCAGUAAUUUGUUUCAUCUUUGGGAAUGGGGGGCAAAUAGUCAAAAUAUCUCCUAACAUCUUGGUAGGUUAUGUUUUAGCUUUGGAAUCCAACAACGUUCAUCUCAAUAGCAAAUAUUAUACAUAAAAAAGUAAAACUGCCUUGAAAAAGUUGACAAGUUUAAUCUGUUGUGUCACGUUUUUACCAACAUUGACGCUUUUCUAUCAGUUUUCUCUGGGUUUGUAGAAAAUGUUAGAAACUCUAAAUGACCUGCAAUAUCUAUAUAUUUUCGCCGGCUUCUUAAAACACAAUUUCAUCACAUAUCUGUGCUUGGAUUUUUAAAAAAAAUGUAUUUAUUUAAUGUAUUUUCUUUAUUUUUAGUCAUUUAACGUGUUUUACUGUUUGCUUUGUUGAAAUCUGGGAGUCUAGCAGACUAAACCGGUGCAGGUAUUACAUGCAAAUAAAUGAUCUGAUGUCUCUUCAGAGGAUGAAAUCAUGUAGCAGCAUCAACCUGUUGUGCUGGACUGACAUACACAUUUACAUAUGAUUAUUAAAGAAAAGAAACUUAUGCUUUUGAUUCUUUCACCAACAAAACAAUAACCUGUUGUUAAUUAUAUGCACAGGUAAAAAAAAAAAUACUACUUGGGCAAUGACUGAAGCGAUAUUUCAGGAAUAUUAAUCAUACAUUUUACAGGCCUGAAGUAAAGUGCAGAACCCCAAAGAGGUCUCGCCCGCUUCCUCAUGUUUCUUUGACAACAGGCAACAAAAAUGUUCUUGCGGCUUUAGGAGAGAGAACAAAGUUCUAUGUUCUUGCAGAAUACUUAUGGGCCUUAAAUCUGUCAACAGUAAAACAUGAAUAUUUUGCCAAUAAAAUGACUGGUUUUGAGGCUU